UAUUUCCGGUGAACGAAACAACGACGAACGAUUAGAAACAGGCUGGAGAAAAAUUCCGUGAAGCGUUCAGUCUGUGACUGUCCCUGAGAGUAAAGGACACUCGUAAUAACUUUAUAGGAAGGUUAAUUAAAGAAUAAGGAAGAUGUCUUACAUGCUGCAACAUCUGCACAAUGGCUGGCAAGUGGACCAGGCCAUUCUAGCGGAGGAGGACCGAGUUGUUGUGAUCAGGUUCGGCCACGAUUGGGACCCUUCAUGUAUGGUGAUGGACGAAACACUGUACAAGUGUGCCGAAAAAAUGAAGAACUUCGCUGUAGUUUACCUAGUGGACAUCACAAAGGUUCCAGACUUUAACAAGAUGUACGAGUUGUACGAUCCUUGCACCAUUAUGUUUUUCUACAGGAACAAACACAUCAUGAUAGACUUGGGCACUGGUAACAACAACAAGAUUAACUGGUCCAUGGAGGACGUCCAAGAAUUUAUUGACAUUGUGGAAACGGUGUUCCGAGGUGCUAGAAAGGGACGUGGUCUGGUGGUGUCUCCGAAAGAUUACUCCACGAAAUAUAGAUACUGAACGGUGUUGUUUGUGGUAUAUAUUCAUGGCGGUCUCUAAUGUUCUCGUGUGUGGGACAGCAGUGUUGUGGGUUUUGUUUGUUGGGGAACGAAGAAUUCUCUAUGGAAGAUAGGGAUGAAUCUACAGCAUCAUCACCUGUUUCAUACAGUGUCGGAUAUGCAACAGCCUCUGUACCAAAAUAAGAAAAAUGAUAUCAUGUACCUUAUUCUUUUAUCGGGUUCGUACCAGUUGUUCCGCUACUCAUAAUGGAACCUAUGGUACCAUCAGAACCAGACACGUUUGCAUGAUUCAUUUCCUGAAGCAUUGCGCUUGGAACCAAGAUCGCCAUAUUGUGUUGCUUCAGUCAUCAAAAUAAUUAUGUACGUUUUGUUAGAAGCGAGAAGAGAAAUCUUCAUUUGCGAUUAAAUGGUAUAAAUCAUGCAUGUUUAUAUAUGACAGAACUAUUCAGGAAUUGAUUUUACAUCCAUUACGUUGUAAAAAGAAUAAUAAUUGCUUUUUAUGUUUGAAACGUACACUUGUAAAGACGGACACCAUUUUGGGAACUCGUUUGAGAUUCAGUUGCAUUCCAUUAUAUGGUAAACACCGUACCUAUUCAGUAAAACUGGUACAAACCAAAUACAGGAACGCACAGGUAAUUUGUAAAAAACUGAAAGCUAUAUAAUAUGGUUAUAAAUGAAGUAUCAGAAAACUGAACACUUUGAACACUAUAUAUGUAUAUUUUAAUGGCACUUUCUAUAUAUGGUUAUGAUGAUUUAUGGAGCAAAUAUAACCAAUAUCAACUGAGGUCGGAGGCUCAUAAAUUAUUACAUCAGUUGAAACAAAGUACCACAACUGUAACCCAUGCCAUUAAAGUUGCAUCUUAUUCCAUGAUAUUCAUCACAGCAUCAUAAAUUCUGCAUCUUUGAUAAGACAUUGCAUCGCGCAUAACUUGAUGGAAUGUGCCAGACAAAUCUGAUUGGCUGAAAUUAUGCAAUUUCACCGGACACUUGCAUGAGCGUGCAAUACAAUGUUUUAUCACUGUCGCAGAGUGCACUUCAAUGUAAAAUUGAAUAACAUAUCGGAUGUAGACCAGUCAAUUAAAAAUAUAAUGCGUAACUGUAUACAUCAUACAUGUACAUGUAAUAACAAACUUAUCUUUACUAUAAAAUCUACUUUAGCAGAAAAUAGUUUCAGUCAUAAAGGAUGUCUCGGACCUUGAAAUUGCAUUACAAAAUUUUGUUGGAUUAUUGAUAUAUAAACUAGUUUCAAACAUUAUUCAACUUGACCAACACUCAAAAGUAGAUAUAUUGAUUCAUUAAAUUUGGAUGUUCCAAUUAACAUUAUAGGCAUUUAUACAAAAAGAAAUUUGUGAAUGUGUUCCUUUGGUAUCUCAUAGAUUUGUAUUGAUAUUUUGCAAUGUUAUAUCGUAAAGGCAAAUGUCAACAAUUUUUUUUUAUUAAAAUAUGUAGUAAAACAUUUA